AUGGUCACAGGAAAUGGAGACUUUCGAUAUCCGCCCCUUGCAGGCGCGCAUGAUAUCCCCAGCCGACGCAGGAUCCCGAACCCUCCCCGCCUAGAUCCGUUGAGACUCAAUCCUCCCUUUCCACGCCCCUCGACCGCCGACGGCGUUCGCCCUCCCCCUUCUCAGCGCCCUCCCGUGCCUUCCCCGCGACUGCACCCUGCAAAGGCGGCUGCUGCUGAUCCAUCAUGGCGCUCCCCAUCGCCUCAACCCAAAGAUGACGACUAUUUCGUCCCCCGCACGCCCGCCCUCCGUACGCCAACAUACCCGGUGUCACCCAAUCCUCGGCCGGGAUAUCCUCCCAGAGAGAUUGAAUUCGAUCGCCCACCGCCCCGGAAGCUUCCGCCAGGCGCACCAGGGUUGCGCAUUUCCAUGUCUACCUCCAAAUUGCACAGUCGACGCCAGCGACCUCCUCGGUCACGAGAACGGUAUCCAGAUGAUGCGUAUGGGUUGGCAUUGCCUCGCGUCGUGCCUCCGGGGAGCUAUGCAGACACACAUGGAGAGGAUGCACUGCGAUCUAGUGUUAACUCGGCCAUGACGUCGCGAUCCAGCAUCGAGCAAGCCAGCGGAACUGAGCGCAGUAGUGUUCUCACAAAGAGUAGCUCGAUUACCGACUUGUCUCCUGACACGCCCGAUGGACCAUGCGAAAAAGAUGGGGGCAUGAGUGUGGAGGAUGCCAUUUCCAUGUACCUCGACGGAUUCAGCGAUGUCACGGAAGAACCUGGAUCACCAGAUAUAUACGACGAUGAAAAAGUAAGGCCAUGGAGUCCAUGUCCGCCCACAGAAUAUACGCUCGAUGAUGGCCAUACUUCCGAUGAGCAUUCGCCCGAUCUGGAUCCCACUGAGGAUCUUCCGCCUGUACCACCGCUCCCUGAGCUGAGUGCCCCUGUACGAGGGCCACUAAGCGAUCGCCAUGAGGCCGAGGAAGUCCCACAUGAAGAGCCAACCGUUGAAGCACCAUUAAAAUCACCCAGUGUCGAACGUCAAGAAAGAAAGGUCGUGCUGCCCGGAGUGGUGCCUCCGCCCCUGCUUUUGGGAACGGACUCGCGCGAUCGCUACGGGUUCCGAAAGGCUACCCAUCAUGUGACCCUGGCCCAGUACGAGGCGUGGAGCAGCUCAUACUCCGACUUUGCCGCGAACCAGCGAAUCAAGUGGGUGGAACUGCUCCGCCAGAAUCGGCUGCCGAUCACAGAUCCGAUCUCCUUCCCGCCAAAGUCAAACAAAGUCAAAAAGUUUGUGCGCAAGGGUAUUCCGUCGGAGUAUCGAGGAGCCGCCUGGUUCUUCUACGCUGGCGGCUAUGAGCACCUGAACCGGAAUCCUGGGCUCUACGAGCAGCUUGUCCGGCAGGCCAUGGAUUCCCCGAGCAACGACGACAAGGAACACAUUGAACGCGAUUUACAUCGAACGUUUCCGGAUAACAUCCACUUUAAACCCGAAUCGGUCGAACAAUACGGAGGCUCCAGCGCUGGCGCUGGAAGCAGCAACCCGAAACAUGAGUCCGUCACGGUUGAGACAGAGAUGAUCCAGUCGCUCCGCCGCGUGCUAUAUGCAUUCGCAGUGCACAACCCCCAGAUCGGGUAUACGCAGUCGCUGAACUUUAUCACGGGACUGCUGCUCCUGUUCAUGCCGGAAGAAAAGGCGUUCUGGAUGCUGCACAUCAUCAGCUCGGUGUAUCUCCCCAGCACGCACGAGAUCAGCCUGGAGGGCGCUAAUAUCGACCUGUGGAUUCUCAUGGUGCUGCUCAAGGAGACGUCGCCGCAUGUAUACAACAAGAUCGCUGGCGGGCUCGGUGGCGGCUCGCGGGCGCCCGCACUGACGGUGACGUCGCGGCUGCCGGACAUCACGUUGGGGCUGACGAACUGGCUGAUGUCGGUGUUCAUCGGGACGUUGCCCCUGGAGACGACACUGCGGGUGUGGGAUGUAUUCUUCUAUGAAGGAUCCAAGACGUUCUUCCGCGUGUCACUGGCUAUCUUCAAGUCGUGCGAGCGAGAGAUCAUGGCGGUGUCAGAUCCAAUGGAGGUGUUUCAGGUGGUGCAGACAGUGCCGAAGAAGCUGCUGGACGCCAAUACUCUGAUGGACGACUGUUUCGUGCGACGACACCGGGUUGGACAAGGCCGCAUCGACGAGCUGCGCGCGGCGCGACGGGCAGCAGUUCGACACGAGAACAUGCGGCGAUCGCGGGCGUGGAACAAAGGCCAGAUCCAGGCAGCGACGGACGAGUGGCCAGGACGAUCGCGAACACCCAUCCCAGGCAUCGAGCGCAAGAUAGGGGAUUCGUGGCGACACAUGCGGAACCAUGCAUUUCGACUCGCGGGUUUCAGGGCGCAGGCCGGAGGGACUGACGACAUGCCUGACGAUGUUACAUAUAAUGAUGUGUUUUUCACCUCUGACUUUCUCCUCUUCUGCAUCCAACAGCACGCAGUCAUGAGUGGCCAGGCAUCCAGCUAUUACAACACCAACCAGAGCUUUGGCGAUCAGCCUCAGCCGCCGCCGCAACAACAACACCAACAACAACAACAAUAUGCGUACUACAACUACGACCAAGCUCCCCAGCCAGCACCAAACCAACACAAUGGCGGUGAUUAUCGAGGACCUGAACCGAAACCUCCUCAGGGACCUCCUCAGGGGCCCCCGCCAACCUACAACCAAGCUGUGUAUGGGUUUGAUGAAGCUUUCCAAGUCGAACGGCCCAAGUACAAUGACAUCUGGGCGGGACUCUUGUUCAUUGCCGUCUUCCUCGGCUACGUUGCAGUGUCCGGCGUGACCAUCCAUCGCUAUGCGAAAUACAAAGGCUUCAGCGGCGGCGGCAUUUACGAUGCGAGCAACGACUUCUCCCUCAACACAAACACCCUCGUGCUCUUCAUAUUCGUCCUCUGUGUGGCCCUCGCCUUCUCAUAUGCCUACUUUCUCGGUGCGCGAUACUUCUCCAAGCUCUUCAUCUGGGUCACGGGCAUCUUGAACAUCGUCUUCGCUCUCGCCACUGGUAUCUACUACAUCGUUCGGGGGCAAUACGGCGGUGGCAUAGUCUUCCUCAUUUUCGGCGUCUUCGCCAUCGUCUGCUUCAUCAGCUGGAUCCCCCGCAUCCCGUUCACAGCCUACAUGAUGGAGGUCUCCAUCGACGUCUCGCGCCAAUACGGCCACAUGUUCCUGGUCAGCACCAUCGGUGGCCUAGUCGCCGUCGCCUUCGCCGCCUGGUUCUCCGUCACGCUCGUUUCGAUCUACGUUGCCUACGAGCCCGACAGCACCGGCGUCAACCCGGCCUGCCCCAAUGGCUCCGGCGGCUGCAGCACCGCCCGAGUCAUCGGCCUAGUCGUCUACGUCACCUUUGCCAUGUACUGGUUCAGCGAAUGGCUCAAGAACACCGUACACACCACCAUCGCCGGCGUCUACGGCUCCUGGUACUUCUUCGCCAACUCGCCGCAAGGCAUGCCCCACGGUGCCACGCGCGGCGCCUUCCGUCGCGCCACCACCUACUCCUUCGGCAGCAUCAGCUUCGGUUCGCUCAUUCUCGCCUUGAUUCAAAUGCUCCGGCAGGCGUGCUCCAUCGCGCAGCAGCAGGAAGCUGCCCAGGGCAGUCUCAUCGGUAGCAUUGGGUUCUGGGUCCUGGGUUGUUUCAUCUCCUUGCUCGAUUGGCUCGUCACGUUCUUCAAUCGCUACGCGUUCUGCCAUAUCGCCCUGUACGGGAAAGCAUAUAUCCCCUCUGCCAAGGAUACGUGGAAAAUGAUGAAGGACCGUGGCGUGGACGCCCUUGUUAAUGAUUGUCUGGUGGGUCCGGUGUUGACGAUGGGGUCCGUGUUCGUCUCUUCACGAACCCUGGGUAUAAUCAGGGCGGGGAUUUCACGGCAGUCAUUAUGGCGUUUGCGUUUGUGA